AUGGUCUUCUUUUUGUUGACUAUUCAGAGUUUGGUGACGGUUGGAUUCUUACAAUUCUUUAAAUUCUUAAACUUGAUCAAAUUCAAGUCGUUUGACGCCGAUGUAGCCAAGAAAUGGUAUCCCAUUGUUGUAUUCUUGGUAGCUAUGAUCUACACUGGCUCCAAGGCCUUGCAAUAUUUACCCAUUCCUGUCUACACCAUCUUUAAAAAUUUGACCAUUAUUCUGAUUGCGUACGGAGAGGUGAUUUGGUUUGGUGGAAGCGUUACUUCUAUGAUGAUGGUAUCGUUUUCCUUGAUGACAUUAUCAUCUGUGAUUGCUGGUUGGCAUGAUGUGGGUAACGCUCUGCAAUCACUUUUCGAAGUAACAACCGUGCUCUCUACUGAUACCACCAUGAUUGGUUACUUUUGGAUGGCCAUCAACUGUUUGUCCUCGGCCUCAUUUGUGUUGUAUAUGCGUAAACGUAUCAAGUUGACCAAUUUUAAGGAUUUUGAUACUGUCUAUUACAACAAUUUGUUAUCCAUUCCUUUGCUUCUACUCCCUAGCUUACUGUUAGAGGACUGGUCUGCUAGUAACUUACUGGUGAACUUUCCCCCUGAAGAACGUCAGGCACGUAUUUGGGCAAUGGUAUUUUCAGGUGUUUCAGCAUUUGGUAUGUCAUAUGCAUCUGCUUGGUGCGUACGUACCACCUCUUCAACCACUUACUCUAUGGUUGGAUCAUUAAACAAGUUACCUAUCGCUAUUUCCGGUCUUGUGUUUUUUGGAGAUGUUGCCACUGUGAGCAACGUUUCAGCGAUUUUAAUUGGUUUUAUCGCAGGUAUGGUUUAUUCACAUGCAAAGGCCUUCCCAAGCAAAGCCAAAAAAGAAACAAGUUUUACUAUUUCAUCCGCUUCUAGCCAAAGCUAUUCUGACGCUACCAAUGUGAAUGAAAAAAUCAAUAUCGACAAAAUUGGAAACCAUAAAUAA